AUUGGGCUGGCAAGGCACCGCAGCCUCGUGCUCCACGGACCCGAACUCCUCUCUCCCUUCAAUGGACGUCUGAGCAAUGAUGAACAGAAUCUAACUUGGACCUGGAGUACCAAGUCGGUGGAAAACGCUCCUGGAAAGACAGAUUCUACUCCGUCGCUCGGACACCCGAAAUUGCCCGAAUCCGGUCCAGGAAUGUCAGUAUGGAAGACAAGACUCCUGCAUCCGUUGCUUCGACCCUGAGCUGGAACACCUCGCUUUCUCGAACUUACGUGUCAAGUUUGAGCCGAGCCAUCUUUUCCGCAAGGCAUUCUCAAUCUCUACACAGCCUCGACGACGUACUCAAAGUCAUCCGUGCAUUGGGACUUCCGCGGUAUCGCUACGAGAACUUGUCGCGAGAGGAGGUCCUGGGAGAAGGGGAGACGUACCUCGUCGAGAGGUGCGUUGCUGCCCGCGAUGGCCGCGUCUUUGCCGUCAAACAUCUCAAGGUCCGCGACGGCAAGGUGUUCGACAAGGCAUUCCACAGACGAUUGAGGUCGGUGGUGUUGGAUCUCCAGAUCAUGCGGCAUCCCCCAUUGCAAGCCCACCCCAACAUAAUCUCCGCCCUUGGCUACGGGUGGAGAACAGAGGGCAACAUCCUCAUGCCUUACGUCCUGGUCGAGUGCGCUGAACUUGGCACUUUGCGCGAGCAUAUCAAGAGGAAACCUCCGCUGGAGCCGGUGCACAUUGCGAUCCUCCUCGGCGAUGUGGUCUCGGGGCUGGCAGCCUUGCAUGAAUGCGGGAUUGUUCAUGGAGACGUAAAACUGGACAAUGUGCUGGUUUUUCCGGCGCCAAAUCGGCCUCCGAAGGCGCUGGCAAAGCUUGCAGAUUUUGGACACGCACUGGUUCUGAACAAUGGAGGCAAGGACCACGAUGGAGAAACGUUGAAGUAUUCGGGAACCUGGUUGUAAGCCUCGUGGUUCCUCUUCCCUCCUUUUUCUCUUUCUGUUUGCGGAC